GCUGUCAACUGGUGUAUUUUCGAUUCACCUGCCUGAAUUGAAAAAAUGAAUUGAAGAAUUUUGUCGAAUUUUUGUAUUUUAAUUUGAAUUUAUGUACUUUUGUAAAAAAUACGGAUUUUUUUGCAUUAGUGUGUAUUUCAAUUCGAAUACAGUGUAUUUUCCGUGCAUUAUGUAUUGAUUUUGGUAUUUUUUCAGUGCAUUUUACGUAUUUUAAUUUUAUCGUGUUCAAAAACGUCAACUUUUUUGUUUUGUUUUGACUUUGAUUUUGAUUACCAAAAUUUAAAAAAAAAACGGUGAUUGCGUGUCGGGCCGAGUGGCAAUUGGUGAUUUUAAAGCGAUCGAUUUUAAAUGAUUUGAAAAUGAGUGCUGAUCAAAUUGCAAGUCACAUCCGAAUCAUUCGGCAGCGCAUUAAAAUUGAUACUAAUUUGAAAGCAAUCGAUAAGUGCAACAUUGAAAUCAUUGAUGAUUUCACGGCGAAAGUGCAAUGCGUAGUUUGCCGAACAACUCAUGUGGAGAUCAAAGCUAGAAGGCUCGCAGAAAACAACUGUAUUUGGAUGAUCGGACGAUAUAAGCAUCAUCUCCAAAUGCAUGCGCAAGAUGAGGACACCAUGGAAGAAAUCGGAAACGACAGUUCUAACGAGGAUUCGGGAUCUGAAGUAGAAGAUGAACUUGAUCUCCGGGUGUUAAAAUCCCUCAAAACGAAACAACCCAUGGGUAGUACCAGUCGUUCAAUGAAGAGAAACGUUAAGAUGACGACAGAAGCGGCGCGCGAUCCAAAACAGAUGAAGAUAACGAAGUUUUUCAAUAAAAUACCAUCUGAUACGUCCUCUAAAGAAAGCCCCCGUGUUGCUACGGAAACAUCUAAUCGCUCUUCAGAAACGAAGGAUUCUCGGGAUUUGCUGAUCUUAAUCGAUUGUCUGCCGCUUACGCAAAUGGUGAAACUGAUCAUAAAAGAAGCGGUGAAAAAUAACUACAAAAAUAUGACGCGGAAGCCAAAUAGUGCGAAGGGUGCUCGAUAUACUGACGAAAUUAAAAACAUUGGGGCAUAUUUGUAUUUAUUGGGAGGCCGCAAGGACUACGAGGAGCUGGUCGUAAACUUGGGCCUUCCAUCAGUAUCUACAAUAAUACAUCACAUUGGCAAAUCGUGUGAGAAGUGCAUCGAAGGAGAGUUGCGUGUAAUCCAGCUGAAGAAUUUUCUUCUAAAACAAGGACUUCCAUUAUUUGUGUUCGUUUCCGAGGAUGGUACAAAGCUAACGCCUAGAGUCAAAUACGACAUAACACAAAAUCAGGUGGCAGGACUUUGCCCACACAUGGAUGAGAACGGUUUUCCUGAGGUCGGAUCAUUUCCAGCGUCAUCUCCUGAAAUCAUUAAGAAGCAUAUUGACUCUGGCGAAAAAAGCUCUAUAGUUUACGUGAUUUUAGCAACUUCAGUAGCUGAUAAAACGAUUUCAUUCAACUUAUUGAGUUUUGGUACGAACAACAAGUUUUCUAUCGAUCAAGUAUUGCUACGAUGGGCAGUCAUGGAGAAACAGUUGAGCGAUAAUGGAAUCGUAAUCCUCGGAUAUGGAGCUGACGGCGAUUCACGUUUAAUCGGCAGUAUGAAAGUAAGAAUGGGCCUGCCACGUGAAGUCACAAUCAUCCCGCAUGGAAUACCCAAAGAAUGGAAAGACUGGUUUGCCGGACAGGGUCGAUCUUCUGUCGCCUAUGUCCAGGAUACAAUUCAUUUGGUGAAUAAGCUGAAAAAUGCAUUGCUAUCACACACGAGAGCAUUGCAGAUAGGAAAAUACCCCGUAUCGCGAGGCCACCUAGAAAUUGUAGCUAGAGAAGGCAAAGAGAAAACUGGACUUUUAGUUUCUGAUUUGGAACAGCAGGAUAAAAUGUGCGUCAAAACUUUCGUGAAACUUAUCGAUCCACGAGUAGCCAAUCUUUUGAAGACACAACCUGGAACUAACGGAACCGUCGCUUACAUCUCCCUCAUGAAAUCUGUUUUUGAUGCUUAUGAGAAUCCAUCACUGACUCCACUUGAGCGUAUCGAGGAAAUAUGGUUCGCAACCUUUUUCACUCGUGUCUGGCAUUGCUGGAUAACCGGUUCUAAAGAUUUGAAGCACGAUGAACACUUCAUUACGGAUAAUGCAGAAUUAGGGAUUGAGAUCAAUGCUCACUCUCUAGUAAAUCACCUGCUCCACUGUCGUGAGCUCGCCAAACCUGAGCUUUUUCUACCCCAACUGAUGAACUCUCAACAUAAUGAACGUUCCUUCGGUAACGCACGAUCCAUGUCUGGAGUUCAAAACACAAUAAUCAACUUCGACAUUUUGGAAUAUCUCAACAAAGCAUCUCACUUCGAGUAUCUCGAUGAACUGCGUAUUCUGUUGAAGGACAAGUUUGAAUUCGCCAGGGGUGGAUAUAAAACUAGUGAGUAUCAACCUUUUGAGUUCCCGUCCGAUCAGGAAAUCGAGACUGCUGUCUACAAAGGGAAGAUGCGAGCAAAGAGGAUUCUCGAUUUGACCGGGUUAGAAUGCGACGACGAGGAUUUCCAUUGCUGUCUAUCACAUUUGAAACGAACGGAUGUUCGUCCAUUAGAAGAAGUUGAUGUUUGUGAAGGACCAGGUGAGGAGCUGUAUCCAGAGCAAGAUCUAGAGAUGGUCACCGAAUCAUCUGAUCAUGCAACCGAUGUAACUGAUGAACAAGCUGAUGAAUCAAACGACGCUAUUUACGAAGCUAAUGUCUUGCUCAGGAGGAUUGGUGCCGAUCUCAAUUAUUUGUGUAAACAGACCAUUUCGGAUUCAGGUAGGGGCAGAUAUUUGCAUUUUACAGAACCCAAUACAUUUACAUCUCCUCUCUUUUUCUCAGGUCAUCAACCGAAAGGAUUUUUUAAAAUAAUGACUUCCACGGGUGAACUUAUGCUGGCCCGCAUUAGUACGGUUAUUUGGCUGCUCUCCUCAGAUCGUAGCAAGAUUAGUAAUGAUCGGCUUUUGAGGUUUCGAACACCCAAAGCAAUUAAUGGUAUCCCUUCGGUAAAUGAGAACAAAAUUUGUACGAUUAUUUCAAUAGGCGAUUGGUUCCUGUUCCGCAGCAAUAGUAGUGGUCGACAGGGAAAUACUCCAGGUGUAGGUGCUGCUCAAGUUCUCGGUUUUUGUUUUCUUCGAGGGAAAUUGAAACGGGAAAGAGAGUGCAGUUUGAAGACAGUACCUAUAGAUGUUCCUGAUAAUGUUGAAAAUCCAAGAGGAAUAGAAAUCGUAUGCAACAAGUACUCUGUUAUGGAAAACAAUUUUCUAAGACACGAUUCGGAUCCCAAAAAAAUCAAUAUAACGAGAUACGUAAGUCACACAGAAAAGCCUCUGUUAUCAGAUACGGGACUAAGAAUAAGCGAUAAAACUCGAUUGUAUUUGAAUGCGUUGUUUUAAAGAACGAAGAAUAAAAGUUUGUCGUCUCAAUAUACACGGAUUGUUGUUAUUUCGACUGAAGGGCACUGAAGGCUUGCUGAAGGGUCCACAAACUUUGUAACUUGAAAGUUUGUGUUAAAUCGAGAUAGGUCAUAUGAAUAAAGCUGAGUAAAUACACUUCACUAAAUCUAUGUGAAGUUUCACAGAGAGCUGAAUAAAAAGUGUUUAUUCAACUUAAUUCAUAUGGCCUUAUACUUUCCAUGGCCUUAUAUAUACUGUGGUGCAUAACUGAUCGGACAAACGCUGAUUUUCAUACAAAAUAGCCAAGAUUGAGAUGCUGUAACUAUGGUUUGCUUUGAUAGAUUGAGCUCAAUUUUUAACACGAAACUACAAAUAUGCAGAAUUUUACGUAUACGAAGUACAA